AUGAAUUCCGAAAAGCAGUACGGCGUGACGCCCCCGUUGUCGACGGAGAUGCCGACGGAGGAGCAACGCCGCGCGACCGACGCGCUGCUCGAAGAGCUGCGAGAUCAGGGGACGUUUGAGAGCACGGCGGAGACACAGAAACGAUUCAAAGUCCUCGAUUCGCUCCGACUUGUCGCCGAUGCCUUCGUCAAGCGUGUUGCCAAGGAACGCGCCCCCGACAACCCGACACUCUCCAAGGACGCGGUCGCCAAGAUCUUCACGUACGGCAGCUUCCGUCUCGGCGUGUACAUGCCUGGCUCCGACAUCGACACCCUCGUCGUGGCGCCCAAGUAUGUCACCCGCGAGGACUACUUCCUCUAUUUCCCCGAGAUGCUGCAGUCCAUGUCGCCACCGGGCGCCAUCACCGACCUGACGGCCGUCGAGGACGCCUUUGUGCCCAUCAUCAAGUUCGAGUACUCGGGCAUCAGCAUCGAUCUGAUCUUCUCGCGCGUUCUUCUGACACAGCUGCCGGCCGACGAGCGCUGGGGCCUCAAGGACUCGAACCUGCUGCGCGGCCUCGACGAGCCCGAGCUGCGGUCUGUCAAUGGCACCCGUGUCACGGACGAGAUCCUGAGCCUCGUGCCCGAGCAGCGCACCUUUCGUGAUGCCCUGCGCGCGAUCAAGCUCUGGGCCCAACGGCGCGCCAUCUACGCCAACAUCAUGGGCUUCCCCGGUGGCGUGGCGUGGGCCAUGAUGGUGGCCCGCGUGUGCCAGCUGUACCCCAAGGCGACCGGCGCCGUCAUUGUGUCCAAGUUCUUUGGCAUCAUCCUGCGGUGGCCGUGGCCCAAUCCGGUGCUCCUCAAGCCGAUCGAGGACGGGCCGCUCCCCGUUCGCGUCUGGAACCCCAAGGUGUACCGUGGUGACCAAUACCACAUUAUGCCCAUCAUCACGCCGGCAUACCCGUCCAUGUGCGCCACCUACAACAUCUCGCAAUCCUCCCUGUCCAUCAUCAAGCGGGAGCUCGAGCGGGCCUCGGAGACGGCCCAGAUGAUCAUCUCUGGCCGGCAGCCCUGGAAGGACCUGUUUGUCAAGCACAGCUUCUUCACGACCGACUUCAAGUACUACAUCUCUGUCAUAUCGUCCAGUACAGACAAGGAGUCGCAGAACGUGUGGUCGGGUUUCGUCGAGUCCAAGGUGCGCGUGCUUGUGCAGGGUCUGGAGCGGCACCCGUCUAUCUCGCUGGCCCGCGCCUUCAACAAGGGCUAUGAGCGGACACAUUUCUGCAAGACCGCAGCGGAGUCGGAGGCGGUUCAAAACGGCAGCCUGGAAUACCUCAAGAAACCGGACGAAGACGGACGCGAGGCUGCUGGCGCUGCUGCCAGUGCCGAGACGAAUGGCGAAGCAAAGGACGGUGCCGACGCGGAGGCCCAUGGUGACGCUGAUGCUGAUGCGGAGUCGUUUAAACCGACCGAGGUCUUCACAUUGACACACUACAUUGGUAUCGAACUUGUCGAGGGAGCCAAAGCUCUCGAUCUGUCCUUCCAGGUGGAAGAAUUUAAGGAGCUCUGCUUUGCUUGGGACAAGUAUAAGGAGAAGCUGAACAAGACCUGCACAUUGAGCAUCCAGCAUGUGCGCAACUUCGGCCUACCCGACGACGUCUUCGAGGCUGGCGAGGUGAAGCCUGUGAAGGCAGUUCGCCCUCCUCGUCUCGGUGCCCGCCGCAAUGCAUCAGGAGCCUCGGCCAACGGUGCCAAGAAACGGAACGCCCAGGAGGACAAUAACGCACCGCCAUCGAAGCGCCAGCAGUCACAAGCACCGGCCCAGCCACAAGCUAACGGCUCGACGGCCGCCACAGCCACAGCUGCGGGUUGA